AUCCUCCAGAAACUGUAGCUUUUUUUAGCUCAUUACAGGUCUCUCUCUCUCUCUACCUUUUCUCUUCAAGAACUCUAAUUUAUACGAAAAACGCAUUCAAUAAAUCCCAAGUCAAAAUCAAACCACAUACAUAACAGAAACAAAAAAACGAUGUCCUCCAUAGGAGGACUAGAGCAGCAGGUGAGACAGUUAGAGGGGAUAUGCAUAGCGUGCGGAUCAUACGCCGACCUCGUCGAGUAUGACAAGGUUCUGAAGCUCUUGUUUGUUCCAGUAUGGCGAUGGCCAGGGAAAGAGCCGGUGAUGUACUGCAGCAACUGCAAACUUUUCUUCCCUCAAUCAGAGUCAGAUACUGAGGACGAUGUCCCUGACUGGUGUCAGUCCUGUAGCCACGAAGUGGAUGCCGAUUUAAGGUUUUGCCCCUCCUGUGGUGAAGUACUGUGAAUUCUGAUAUGUAUUAGGCGCUUCAGGCUUUGAAAUCAUCAUAUGUAGGUUUGUAAAUUAUGUUUUUGUACUAAGUGUGGGUUUGAGGACUAAAUUUAAGUUUUUCUUUGUCUUUUUCUUUUUAGAAAGAUUAAAUUAGAUAACUUCUUAAUGAUC